CACAGAAUUUAAUUUAUAAAUUGCUUAGAUUGUAAUUUGUAUUUUUUUGGAGACUGUGGAGUAUAGGUACAAAUUUGAAAUGGUAUAAUAUACCUAAUGAUGUAUGAUAUGUGUAACCGUGUCUAAUAUGUUUUUGUUAAUUGUUUUUAGAAUUUAAAAAGUUUUAACUUAAUAAUAUUAAUACAUUAUUCACUAGUGCUAAUAACAAGCUAUUUAACCUACGGAAGGCAUUUAAAAAAUAGUUUAUUUUCUCUAAAUAUUCUAGUUUAUUUUGAUUGUCACUGAAGCGUAUCUACUUUGGUCUGUUCAAAAUCAUUUCUUGCUCUUUCAAGCAAAAUGGAAGACGAUUAUGAUGAAUAUCGUCGUUGGGAUGGUGACGUUGAUGUAGAGGCUGAUGACAAUGACGAUAUAUUAGAAAAUCCACAGGAAACUCUAACUCAAUGCUUAGAGAAAUUUAGUAGUGCUGACUAUAUUAUGGAACCAGGAAUAUUUUCACAGCUUAAAAGGUAUUUUCAAGUGGGUGGAACUCCUGAGCAUGUUAUAGAAUUGUUAUCAAAGAAUUAUAUUGGUGUUGCUCAGAUGGCAAAUAUGGUAGCUGAAUGGUUGAUUCUAGGAGGUGUUGCUGUUGGUGAAGUUCAAUCCUUUGUUGAAAAUCAUCUCAAAGAUAUGGUACUAAAAACAUUUGAUCCAAAAAAAGCCGAUACAAUAUUUAGUGAAGAGGGAGAAACUCCAGCUUGGUUAACAGAAAUGAUUGAACACAAAAUAUGGAGGUCAUUAAUUUAUAGAUUAGCAGAAGAAUAUCCUGAUUGUUUGAUGCUUAACUUUACAAUUAAGCUGAUAUCAGAUGCUGGAUAUCAAGGUGAAAUUACAAGUAUAUCUACAGCUUCUCAACAAAUUGAAGUAUAUUCUCGAAUAUUAAAAAAUUUUAUUACUGAAUCCAUAAAAACAUCCAGCGAAAAUCGUCAAAAUACAAUUCAAGAAUGUGCUAAAAUGGUUUGUCAUAGCCAACAUACUUAUGUUUUUACAUUAGUUGCUCUUCAAGUUUUAGCUAAAGAAACUAAUGGAGGAGUAAAUAUGAAGAGAUUUUCUCAAGAAAUAACUCGCUGUGCUCAAGAAAGGAAUGAUGUGACUCCCAUUACUAUGGCAUUAAAUGGUGCGGCUCCGUAUGACCAGCCUUGUGCAGCAUUAAGUUCUAUGUUAUCACGAAAUGCCUUAAAUCCUGCUGAUAUAAAUGUAUUACAUAAGCAUUAUUCAUCAGCAGAUUCUCCUCCUGUCAGUUUACUAAGAAUACCACAAUUUCUUGAAUUAUUAGUCCAGGCUCUAUUUAAGCCUGGAAUGAAAUUAAAUCCAGAAUACAAACCUAAGUAUAUAUAUCUUUAUGCUUAUUCUGCUAGUGUCUAUGAAGUCACAUCUGGUAAAAAAAGAAAAGUUAUUAAUAAGGACGAUUUAAAAUCUACAAUACAAGCAGUUGAUAAAGUUCAUAGUAUUUGCAAUUUGAAUAAAAGUUCAACAGAAUUAAUUGCUGAAGUAGCAACUAUUUACCAUUGCAUCAGAUAUCCUGCUGUUGCUGUUGGUUUAAUAUGUUGGGUUGAGAGUACUGUAACAGAGCCUAGUUUCUUCAAGUUAUGUACUGAACAUACACCUACACAUUUAGCACUCUUGGAUGAAGUUGUUACAUGCCAUCCACAGCUGCAUAAUAUCAUAUUAAAAUUAUUUGUGUCUCUUUUUGAAUCUAAACAGGAUGAACUGGAAAUUCUAGUACAUUUAGAGAUGAAAAAGAUGUUGCUUGAUCGUAUGGUGAACUUGUUGUGUUGUGGUUGUGUUGUUCCAGUAAUAAAAUAUAUUGAACAAUGUUGGCAUAGAGGAGAUACUGAUAUUUCUUUGAUACGCUAUUUUGUUACAGAAGCUUUGGAGGCAGUCUCUCCUCCUUAUUCAGUUGAAUUUGUUGAUUUAUUUUUACCAAUUGUUGAAAAUGAAGAAAUAACUGGUACAAUGAGAUGUGACGGAGAAAAUGAUCCUGUUUCAGAAUUUAUUGUGCAUUGCAAGGGAAUGACAAUAUAAAAUUAUCACGUUUCAGAUAUUUAAUAAAUUUAAAAAAAAAAAAAUGUAUAACAUUUUAUUUCCAUGUAUAGCUUACUUCAUUAGUGUAAAUUUGUACAAAAUCUAAGGUUUAAAAUAAAUAGUAU